AUGCCAAACUACAAACUCACUUAUUUUAAUAUGAGGGGGAGAGCAGAAAUUAUUCGUUACAUAUUUGCAUAUUUGGACAUAAAGUAUGAAGACCACAGAAUAGAACAAUCUGAUUGGCCUGAAAUCAAGUCAACGCUUCCAUUUGGCAAAAUUCCCAUUUUGGAAGUCGAUGGAUUGAACCUUCACCAGAGCCUAGCAAUAGCAAGAUAUCUGACCAAAAACACAGAUUUGGCUGGAAAAACAGAAUUGCAACAAUGUCAAGUUGAUGCAGUCGUGGACACAUUGGAUGAUUUCAUGUCUCGUUUUCCUUGGGCAGAGAAAAAACAAGAUAUAAAAGAUCAGAUGUUUACGGAGCUACUUACAUGUGAUGCGUCUCAUCUUCUGCAAGAUUUGGACACAUACUUAGGGGAAAACGAGUGGUUUAUUGGUAACUCUGUAACUUGGGCAGAUUUCUACUGGGAAAUUUGCAGUACCACACUUUUGGUCUUUAAACCUGAUUUGUUGGACAACCAUCCCAGGCUGGUGACAUUACGUAAGAAAGUCCAAAGCAUUCCUGCCAUCGCCAACUGGAUAAUGCGAAGGCCCCAAACCAAACUCUAG